UUGAACGAGCAUAUGUGACACAACCUAUCCACCUACACUUCACCAUAAAGCUUUGACAUCUCAGAUCAGUCGGUCGGUGGAACACAGAACCGGAGAACCGAGCCAUGACGGAACAGCAGUGAAGAAGAACUACGAGAGAGCGGAUCCGUGUCAUGAUGGUUCUCGUAUUAAUUGUCGCAGGUCUUGGGGUGGUUGCACUGCUCAUGGUUUUAUUCGCACCCCACAUUAGGAAAUACUCUGCUGGUGGAGCAUGUACGUCUAUGGCCCGGCUGGACGGGAAGACGGUCCUGAUUACUGGAGCCAACACUGGUAUUGGGAAGGAGACUGCCCUGGACCUGGCUAUCAGAGGUGCGAGGGUGAUCAUGGCGUGCCGGGAUGUGGAGAAGGGUGAGGAGGCCGCAGCAUCGAUACGACGCAUCUACUGCAAGGCAAACGUAGAGGUCCGAGAGCUAGACCUGGCUGAUACCAGCUCCAUACGGGCCUUCGCACAACGCUUCCUCCGAGAGGUCAACCACCUCCACAUCCUGAUCAAUAAUGCCGGGGUCAUGAUGUGUCCCUACAUGAAGACCAACGACGGCUUUGAGAUGCAGCUGGGGGUCAACCACCUGGGUCACUUCUUGUUGACAUACCUCCUGAUUGGUCUGCUGAAACGCAGCGCUCCGGCCCGUAUCGUCGUGGUUUCCUCCCUGGCUCAUAACUUUGGCUGGAUCCGCUUCCAUGACCUCCUCAGCCAGGGCAGCUACAACAGCGGCCUCGCAUACUGCCAGAGCAAGCUGGCCAACGUCCUGUUCGCUAGGGAGCUGGCCCGCAGACUCAAAGGUUCCAGUGUGACAGUGAACUCUGUCCACCCGGGGUCGGUGCGCUCGGAGCUGGUCCGCCACUCCACCAUCAUGUCUCUGCUGUUCUCUCUGUUCUCCUUGUUCCUGAAGGGCCCUCGGGAGGGGGCCCAGACAUCCAUCUACUGUGCCGUGGCGGAGGAGCUGCACUCCCUCACCGGGAAACACUUCAGUGACUGCGCCCCAGCCUUCGUGGCCCCCCAGGGGAGGAACGAGGAGACAGCCAGGAAACUGUGGGACGCCAGCAGUGAGCUCAUGGGCAUCGUCUGGGACCACUGAUCUGAACCACCCUAUCAUCAAACACUGUUUGCAUCACCAAUGGCACCCUAUCCCCUGUAUAGUGCAGUACUUUAGACCAGGGCCCACAUAACCUUGUUCCCAAUCUCAAUUGUUCCACAAUACACCUUUAAGUUGAACAGGAGACCUGUAGGUGAACAAGGCAUCUACUUGAAUAUCAACAUAGGUUCUGACGUCAAAGUGAUGUCAUUUCCUUCCCCUCCGGCAGCUCAGUUCAGCUCACCGCCUCUAUUGACUUAUUUCCUCUCACCCCUAUGGACUCUGGUCCAAAGUAGUGCACUAUAAAGGGAAUAGGGUGCCAUUUGGGACGUAACCAUGUUCUCUAAUGAGUCUUUGUUUUUCAAUCUGAGUAAAUAUUUAACCUUAUCAUUUCAUUUCAUGACAUUGCGUAACCUCCAACUGCAGCUAACCCAACAGCAUUUGAAUAAUUGUGUAGUAACCAUAGAGGUAGAAAGAUGCCAUAAUGGCAGACACCGAGAUGAGUACUCUAUCUCUAUGGUAGUAACUGUUCUGGGACAGGUUAGCCGGGGUCUAACCAGGGUAUAUUAUAAACCAGCUGAUUCAGUUUGUUUUUCUAUCAUAUUAUAAAAUGGGCUUCCAAAAUUCCUGUAACUUUCACAAAAUGCCCUGGUUGGAAGAUUGCUGGAAUCACAGGGGAAUAAGCAAGACAUCCAGGAUAAUCAGGGAAUUUGGGGAGUUAUCAGGAUAAAUCAGGAGUUUUACAAACCAUCCUCCAUGUGGAUUCAGCUUUAUGUUUCCUGGUUUUUAACCUUUCCAUUCUAGGCUUUGUACUAGUUUCAGCUCCUUUUCCCCCCUCAGCAUUGUUAAGCUGCCAAUAUGUAUUUUAUACAAAUGUGAAAACAUGCCUUUUACGACAUUAAGGUUUACAACAUUUUAAUAACUAUCCUGGAAUUACAAGGGAAUAAGCAGGAAAUCCUGAAUCCUCUCCCAACCAGUAUUUCUGAAGAAAAAAAACAGGGAAUGUUGGGAAAGUUACCAGAAAUGUGCAACCCUAACUACAUUGCAGUUGUGUCAGGAGUUGAAUGUUUACAUCUACUGUAAAUAAAGAGAGAAUAUUACUA